AUGGCUUCAAAGUCCAGAUCCGGUUUAUCUGAAACCCCCAACAAAGCAACUCCAGCCACUCCCAACAAGGUAAGGCCAUCAACUCCCAACAAAACAUCACCUGCAACUCCAAGAGUUAGUAGGCUCAGCAAAGGAGUGCCUAAACCGGAAUCAGAAUCACCAUCACCUCUGCAAAAUUUGCGCCUGUCUGCAGAAAAAUCGUCUCCACGGACUUUGAAUUCGAAGCCUGUCACUGAGAGAAAAUCACCAAGACCUGCAUCCACCACACCUGAUAAACAACUUCCAAGAGUUGCAAAGGGCUCAGAAUUGCAGGCCCAGUUGAAUCUUGCUCAAGAAGAUCUAAAGAAAGCAAAGGAACAGCUGAUUCAGGCAGAGAAAGAGAAGGAAAAAGCAAUUGGUGAUCUGAAAGAAGCAGAGAGAGUGGCUGAGGAAGCAAAUGAGAAACUCAGGGAGGCAAUGGUGGCUCAAAAGCGGGCUGAGGAGGAUUCUGAGAUUGAGAAGUUCCGUGCCGUUGAGUUGGAACAGGCUGGAAUUGAGGCUGCUCAGAAGAAGGAAGUGGAAUGGCAGAAAGAGCUUGAAAGUGUGAGGAACCAGCAUGCUUUGGAUGUGGCUGCCCUUCUCUCCACUACUCAGGAGCUUCAGCGGAUUAAGCAAGAACUUGCCAUGACUUGUGAUGCAAAGAACCAGGCACUGAGUCAUGCUGAUGAUGCUACUAAAAUUGCGGAGCUUCAUGUGGAGAAAGCAGAGAUUCUUUCAGCUGAACUGAUGCAUUUGAAGGCCUUACUGGAUUCAAAGCUGGAAACUGAGGCUACUGAAAACAAGAUUGUAUCGGAGAUGCAAACAGAGAUUGAAGCUCUUAAUGAAGAACUUGAAAAGGCAAAGGAUUAUGAUGCAAAGUUGAGGGAGAAAGAAAAUCACAUUGAACAGCUUAAUGUAGAGCUUGAAGCUGCCAGGAUGGCUGAAUCUUACGCACACAGUCUGCUAGAGGAGUGGACGAAAAAGGUUGAGGAGCUAGAAGUGAGGGUUGAAGAAGCAAAUAAGCUGGAGAGAUCUGCAUCAAUGUCUUUGGAAUCUGUAAUGAAGCAGUUGGAAGGAAACAAUGAGUUGUUGAAUGAUGCAAAAUCUGAAGUUUCUAGUCUUAAAGAGAAGGUGGGAUUGUUGGAAAUGACAAUAGAUAGACAAAGAGGAGAUCUUGAGGAGUCAGGGCGUUGUCUUCUUGUGGCUAAGGAAGAGAGUCUUGAAAUGUCAAAGAAGGUUGAAACUCUGGAAUCUGAACUUGAGACAGUGAAGAAAGAAAAGGCUCAGGCUUUGAACAAUGAAAAGCUUGCAGCUUCAAGUGUUCAGACCCUACUAGAAGAGAAAGACAAACUUAUUAAUGAAUUAGAUAUCUGUAGAGAUGAAGAAGAAAAGACUAAAAGGGCGAUGGAGGGCUUAACUUCUGCUUUGCACGAAGUAUCUGCAGAAGCCAGGGAUGCCAAAGAAAAGCUAUUAGCCAACCAUGCUGAACAUGAAAACUAUGAGUCUCAGAUUGAAGAUUUAAAGUUGGUCUUGAAAGACACUAAUGAAAAAUACGAGUCCAUGCUUAAUGAUGCACGGCAUGAGAUUGAAGUUCUUACAUGCAGUGUUGAAAAUUCCAAGAACAACAUGGAAAGCUCCAAGGCAGAGUGGGAACAGAGAGAACAUCAUUUAGUCAACUGCUUGAAUCUGACUGAAGAAGAGAACUCAUCCCUAGGAAAAGAAAUUAACAGGCUGAUCCGUUUACUCAAGGAAACUGAGGAAGAAGCUGGUGCCUCGAAGGAGGAAGAAGCGCAACUGAAGGAAAAUCUCAAGGAAGUUGAGGCUGAGGUGAUCCACCUGCAGGAAGAACUUAAAGAAGCUAAGGCCGAGAGCACGAAGUUGAAGGAGAGUCUAUUGGACAAAGAAAACGAGUUUCAGAACGUUUUUCAAGAAAAUGAGGAACUUCGAAUGAGGGAAUCCACAUCUAUUAAGAAGGUGGAAGAGUUAUCUAAGAUGCUGGAUGAAGUUACAAGCAGAAAUCGGUCUGAUGAAAAUGGGGAUGUCACAGACAGUGAGAAAGACUAUGACAUGCUUCCUAAAGUAGUUGAAUUCUCUGAAGAGAAUGGACAUGGUGGAGAAGACUUGUCUAAGAAGGUAGUAGAGCUUUCAGCCAAUGAAGAGGGACUGAUACAAAACUUACAGGAAGAAAGUAUUCCCUUGGAUGACAAAUGUGAGAAAACUGAAUCUCCCAAACCGGAGAAUGUGAAUGGAAAAGUGAAGGAAGAAGAUGCGAACAAAGGACAAGAUGAUUCUGUUGAAUCUGGAUUUAAAAUGUGGGAGAGCUGCAAGAUUGAGAAAAAGGAGUUCUCACCUGAUAGAGAGGCAGAGCCUGAAUCCUUUGAAGAGGAAGUUGACUCAAAGAAAGAGGGUGGUGAGGGCUUUGACCAGAUGAAUGGAACCUCUGUAAAAGAAAAUGUAGAUGAUAGUGGGAGGAACUCACCAUCAAAGGAACAAGUGAAGAAGAAGAAGAAGCCUUUGCUUGGCAAGUUUGGAAGCCUGCUGAAGAAAAAGGGUGGUAGCAACCACAAAUAG